GUGGCGGAGCGUAUUGACGACAUACGAAGAAUGGGUGUAGCAAGGAGAGAUGCUCUGGCAAAGAUGGUUGAGCGAAAACCUGUGCAAGUAGUAACUCCGGAAAAGACGCAAACUGCCGUUGAAGAGGUAUGUUAA